AACAUGUUUGUCUGUACUUCCACUGCGAAUGAGUUAUUUACUGGCAUAUAAAUUAUGACGGACCCGUCUGUCUUAUUUGAAUAACAAAGAUGCCAAAGAAGGGCAGAAGAGUGAAGAAGUGUGAUGGACAGGAGGAGGAGGAGGAUGUACCUGUGAAGCAGAUGAAGAUGGGGAACCCGCUGUGCUUCGACUCUCCGAGGGAUUUCUUCCAGAGUCUGAUCAGUCCGGUCGGCGUGGACCAGUUCUUCCUUCAGUACUGGGAGCAGAAGCCACUGGUCCUGCAGCGCAACGAUCCGGCUCUGGCCUCGUACUUCCGCUCGCUGUUCCAGCUGUCCGACGUCAGGCAGCUCUGCGCUCGCGGCCUGCGAUACGCCAGAGACCUCAACGUGUGCCGCUGCGUCGACGGCCAGAAGAGAGUGCUGAAUAAAGACGGGAAGGUGAAGUUCAGCCAGCUGAAGAAGGACCUGGAGGAGAGCAGAGCCACCAUACAGCUGCACCAGCCUCAGAGGUUCAAGGACGAGCUGUGGCGUAUUCAGGAGCGGCUGGAGUGCUUCUUCGGGUCGCUGGUUGGAUCUAACAUCUACAUCACGCCUCGUGGCUCUCAGGGUCUGCCGCCGCACUACGACGACGUCGAGGUGCUGAUCCUUCAGCUGGAGGGACAGAAACACUGGAGGCUUUACCAGCCCACCGUCCCUCUGGCCCGCGAGUACAGCCUGGAGCCCGAGCACCGCAUCGGCCCCCCCACACACGACUUCAUCCUGCAGGCUGGUGAUUUGCUGUAUUUCCCCCGAGGAACGAUUCACCAGGCCGACACUCCUUCAGACGUGGCUCAAUCCACACACCUCACGCUCAGCACUUACCAGAACAUGUCGUGGGGCGACUUCAUGCUGGACGUGUUUCCCGGGUGUGUGUUGGACAGCAUGAGACGUGAACACGGGAUGCGCUGCGGUCUUCCUCGUAACGUCCUCACGUCUGCCAGCGUGGCUCCUGAGGUUAAUAAGCAGGUGUGUGUGUUUCUGCGGCGUUUGGCUGAUGAUGUCGAGCGGGGGAAUCAGGAGUUGCGCUCCAGCGCUAUGAAGAGAGACUUCGUCUGCCACCGACUGCCACCGUUCCAGCAGGACCGGGCCGGCGCUGAUCCUGUUGGGAAACCGCCCUCGCUGGAGGACACUGUGUGUUUGCGGUUUAAAGAGCAUCUUCUUCUAACAGUGGAGCCCAGUCAAGAGAACACUGACGAGGCCACCGAGCUGGUCGUGUUUGUGUUACAUUCUUUAAAGAACAAGAGAGAAACACACAUGAUGGGAGCAUCUGAUGACGACGAAGAUGAAGACGAUGAUGAAGAUGAAGAUGAAGAUGAUGAAGAUGAGGUCGUCUCACAGGGUCUGCGGUUCCCCGUGUCUCAUCUGUCGGCGCUGAAGCAGCUGCUGAACUCGGAGUGUGUUGCGGCUGCGCAGCUGCAGCUCCAGGAUGAGGAUAAACUGGGGCUGAUGCUGGGACUGUGGAGCGAAGGCCUGAUGAGCGUCUGCCACACAACAUGAACGACUACACACACCGCCACACAACAUGAACGACUACACACACCGCCACACAACAUGAACGACUACACACACCGCCACACAACAUGAACGACUACACACACCGCCACACAACAUGAACGACUACACACAACGCCACACAACAUG